CCAUUUUGUUAUAUAUAGUCCCGUGGUCAUCAAAUGCGUACAUAAAAUCACGACAGUAGGACGGGUGGUUAUUAUUUAUAAAUGUGUGAGGGUGAGGGGUGCUAGUCUAUUCUAAAAUGCAUUGGAAGUUGAAAUCAUCAUCAUCAACAUUAGGCAAUUUGGCGGCGUGGAGAAAUUGGGCCCCUUUUUGGGGGGUGGAGUGGGAGACAGGGGGAGGAGGAAAGAAGGAUUUUGGGAGAUUUCCUUUGUCCUGUCCUGGAUUUAAGAACCCGACUGAAGGACGGGGGAGGUAAUAUGGUCCAAACUCAAACGGGUUAAAGAGGAGUCUUUUUGUUUCAUUUGAGCAGGGACAGUAAAAGAAGCAGUGUGCUGGAUACAUUCGGAGAAAUUAGCUACACAGUUGGCAGCAAGAGUUAUAAUUUCGUUUUAAAGUGCUGAGAGCCCCCCUACAGCAGUGACACCAUGAGUUGGAGCUUCUUGACACGUUUGCUGGAGGAGAUCCACAACCACUCAACCUUUGUGGGAAAGAUCUGGUUUACCAUCCUUAUAGUCUUCCGCAUCGUACUGACUGCUGUCGGAGGGGAGUCCAUCUACUAUGAUGAACAGAGCAAGUUUGUCUGCAAUACGCAGCAGCCUGGUUGCGAGAACGUAUGCUAUGAUGCAUUUGCCCCACUCUCCCAUGUGCGUUUCUGGAUCUUCCAGAUAAUCUUGAUCUCUACACCCUCCAUCAUGUACCUGGGCUUUGCCAUGCAUAAGAUUGCAAGGAGUGCUGAUGAGGACUAUAAUCCAAGGAGCAAGAAAAGGAUGCCAGUGAUCCAGAGGGGGGCGAACAGGGAUUACGAGGAAGCCGAGGAUAACGGUGAAGAAGAUCCCAUGAUCUUUGAGGACAUUGAGCUGGAAAAGGAGGAAAAGGUGGAAAAGAAGCAGCAGCAUGACGGGAGACGGAGGAUUAAGCAGGAUGGGCUGAUGAAGGUGUAUGUUCUGCAGCUGCUAGCUCGCUCAGUCUUUGAGGUGAGCUUCCUCUUUGGCCAGUAUAUCCUAUAUGGCUUUGAAGUGAUGCCUUCCUAUGUCUGCAGUCGUAGCCCUUGUCCCCACACUGUGGAUUGCUUUGUCUCAAGACCUACAGAAAAGACCAUCUUCCUUCUCAUCAUGUAUGUGGUGAGUGCGCUUUGUCUUGUUAUGGAUAUCCUUGAAAUGUUUCACCUGGGCAUUGGUGGCAUUCGGGACAUCCUCAGCAAGAAACCCAAAAACCAAGCGAUUAACAUGGAUACAAAGUCUCCAAUUUCUAGGUGCCGGCCUUCAGCUCCACCAGGUUAUCACACGGCCCUCAAGAAGGACACCAAGGGCAAGACGUCAAAUGGCAUCAAGCAAGGAUACAGGGAUAACCUGGCCGACUCUGGCAGGGACUCCUUUGGGGAUGAGCCUUCCUCCAGGGAGCUGGAGAGUCUGCGACGGCACCUGAAGAUGGCCCAGGAGCAUCUAGACCUGGCUUUCCAGAUGGACACCAACAGCCCAUCACGCAGCAGCAGCCCAGAGUCCAAUGGCACUGCAGCUGAGCAGAACCGACUGAACUUUGCGCAGGAGAAGGGGGGAGGUGCCUGCGGAAAAGGAGGAAUCGUAGCCUGAAUUGUUUAAAUACUGGAAUCCUGCAUGCGAGCAUUGCUGCAUGUAGUCAUUGGAGCCGACUACAAAAAUCAGUAACUGGAAUUAGUGAUAGAAUUGACAUAGGAAUCUUUUGCAUAUGCAGACUUGUUUGUGGGGGUUGAUUUAAAGACAAUUUUCAGUGUUGCUUAGACCAGUAGAGGAGAAUGUUAAGAGUUGAUGGGGCAGGACCCCCCGCCCCCACAAAUGCACACCCAAGCUGGAAUUAGUGCUUCAACAGAUUUAUGCCACAUUUCAUGAUGUGGCCCAUUAAAAUUGUUAGAAAUGUUGUGCUGAACACUGUUACACGUCAUUUAAUGUCUUUGUUUACAUUCAAGUCAUUCCAAAAAAAACCCCAAAUAAUCAGCGUGCCAAUAAUAAAGGCAGCUCUCGCUUAUAUUUUUAUAAAAGCAGUUGUGUAAAAGUGAGGUUAACCACAAAGUACAAAAUCCCUUUGCUUCUGUUCGAUCAAACCCGGCCCACGAUACUUCGUAGCAUGGUUAGGUGAGUUUCUGUUUUGUCAAGCAAUUUUGCUGUGCAAGGUGGGGUUUUUCUAUUUUUUUUUUUACUUCAGAUAUGAACUUGAGUUGGAAGAGAUGCACUUGGAUAGGUACCACUGCUCUGGCUGUGGGAUGGAGUUCAAGUGAUUAGGAGAGGCAAGAGCCCUGCAUACCUAUGGAGAGAACAUUGCAAUUUGCUUUAUAAAACAAAAUUUCCAGGUAACAAGUUUUGUAACGGCAAACUUAUUACCUUACUUGGAAGAGCAAAAAAUAGGCUGCACAGUAUACCAAAUGCUUGUUUUCCCACCCCAAAUGCUGUGAUGGCACAAAAGCUUUUAUAAUGCCUUGUCCAAGUUUCAGAAACCUGGGAUAACCUGGUUCUUUUUGCUUUGUUUGUUUCCUACUAUUUACUUUAGUCCUGUUUCUUUUAUAAUCAUGUUUGACAUAUUUUGUUUGAAAGACUGUAAUGUCCUCAACUUGAAUGCUGAUUUAUCUAUAAAGACUUCUCGGUACUGGCUUUUUUUGUGCUGUAAAAUUGUGUACUUCUUGACCUCUUUCUGUGAAUUUAUUUUUAAACUACAAUUUCUCAGGAUCAUCCCACUGGAAGACCCUCAAGUCUUGUCACGUUUCUAGUUAUUUGGAAUCAUAAGCAGAAUAUGUAUUGGUUUCAAUAAGACCUAAAAUUGUGCAUUAUUAACCCCCUUUACAUAAUUCAAAGCAGAGUUUUUAAAUAAACAUGAUGCAAGACUUGUAUACUUUUUUUAUUAUUAUUGCUUCUUUCACAGUAAUUGUGCUUUGUUUUUUCAACCCUUCUAGUUUCAAGUUUGGUUUGCAUGUGUAGUAAAUUUGGUAAAUAUUACUCAUUGGGAGUUCCAAUUGUAUAAUGUGUGUUGAUUGCAUUUCAUUAUUUCAGCAGUCUCGUUAAGAGUUAAUCAUUCAGGGGUGUGUGGUCUUUGCUCAAUUGUUUAACAUCUCUGGGAUCAAACUACUGCACUCGGAAGCAUUUUAUACUUGCAUUAUUUAUACCUUUUAAUUCAAAGUAAACUGUUCCACAUGUUAGCCAGAUCACUGUUUCCAAUGUAAAGUUUUGAUGGUAAUACACACUUGGCUUUAAAGUGUAAAACUUUGCUAAAUAACUUUCAUUGGACAGUGACUUUAGAGAGAUCCCCAAAAAUAGACAGUGCAAACCACUUGAUUUUUGUGGUCUUUCAGCCUUAACCAACUAUACCAGUUUUUUGAAACCUGGUUAUAUAGGUCUUGUAUUCAGGCAGGAAAACAAAUCUGUUCUUUCCUUUUGUUUUCAUAAGUUAGCAAAAAGAGAAUUCUUCCAUUUUUAAUGCCUAAACCAAUUACUGUUUCCUCUAAUGAAGGAAUCUGACAGAAUUAAGACUGCUAUAGGACUCAUUUUGUGACUGUUACUUUUUUUAUAUGUGGUAUUUUUUUUCUACAUUGUUCUUGUAUUUCAGAAUUUAAUGAAAAAAUAAGUGUUUGCA